AUGUCUUUGGCGCUCAAAAUUGACAAGUAUCGCACAGCGAAGCGGAUAGCUGCCGAAGCACGACACUUACAUUCAAGGUUGGUGAACAACUGUCUCCUAGACACCCCAUCACAGCAAACAGACUACCCAAGUAUUAACCGACUUUCCCAAGGUGCGCUUUUACGUUCGACGAUCCUGCGCACACGACCGGUAGACGAGAAAGGAAAGCGCUUUGAGUCUGCGUUUUGUUUUCGCAUUCAUGAAAGAUGCAGUCUGCUGGCCGCUGUGAAUACAGACGAACUGAAAGAUGCCGCUGAACUUGCUGCAGUCACCGAGGCGCUGCGCAUUAUUCCAACCUCCACCGAGUGGGGUCGAAUUUUGAAAGUAUUUGACUCUGAUCUGUUUGUGGCUUUCAUUCGCUUGUUGAAGUGCCUGAACGGAGCGGCUGCAGUAGAAAUAUCGCGUAAAGUACCACCGCGUCCUUCGAACGACGAUUUGGGUUAUUCUUCUCGUGUGGAUAUGAUUUCUCAAGUGUUCAAAGCAACUGUCUCUGUGGAACUUGCCUCAAUUGACGAAAUGGACCUGCAAUCUGUUUCUCGAGGUGACCAGCUUACCCCAGCUUCGGCUUCGAAUGCCGAUGCGUCUUCUUCGAAUGAAAAUGCGUGGAGGGAAACGCGACAAAGAAUGCCACUCCACUACGACUUCGGUGUCAGCGGCGAUUGGGCUUUUAGCGUCCGCGACGCAAUAAAGCUGGCGAUCGCCAAUUCUUUUGACGUUCUCGAGAACCACGUGAUCGAGGAAUGGCGUGAAGUCGGGAAGGAGGCCGCCUUACUCUUGAACGAACUUCGGCUGGGUGGAAGCAGCACCUCGGAACUGGAUACUGGCCAUCUCAACAGCGCUCUUACGAGUCAUAGUUUCCCUGCACGUGUUAUCGAUAAUGUCGGUGAAUGCGGAGACGAAAUGCUCGUGAGAUGGACGGUACGCUCGCAGCAGAAACGGAGUGACGUGCGCAUCUCCCCUAGCAGAAGCGAGCAAAACGAUUCUACUGAACUAGGCGAGAGUGGCGAAAAUAGCUUUCCCACGUCGGUUGAGAUAAUAGGUGCCCAAAGAACCACAGGCUUAGACGACGCUGGAAAGACACAAACUGUGACGGAGUAUACCGUCUGCGCUUUUCCAGUUGCGCUCCCUAGAAGACGAAACAAAAAUUCCUUUUACGUGAAUGGUGUAGGCGUCAAACACAUCCGCGAUCAAAUGUUGUGGCAACAAAGGUGUCUGCCGGGUGCGAUGUUGAUGUCUACGGCCGUGCAAAGACGCGCGUUGUAUCGCCACUAUGAUCCUCACUUUUCGAAGGCGCAGCUGUACGAUCUGUCUAGGAAGACGGCGAAAGGUUCGCAUCUCACCGCCCGUAACUGUGUCCGAACCCCAUCUGAGUUCACACGGAACUUUUUACCCCUUUUUGCAGCACUUUCGUGCUCGGUUCCAUCGGCUCUCUCUGCCUCCACUUCGGAAAGCAACGACAAGACGGCAGCUUCACGUUCCAACGGAGCGCUGUUACACUCAGCGGCUUCCUCGCAAAACGUGUGGUACUGUCCUGACGUGGUGGUGAUGCUAGCGAUCAUUCGGUCAACGCUUCGCCUGUCACACGACAGCUUCCCAGAGGUCAAAUUCGAUCAGAAAGCGGUGCACGACCCUGUGCGUCGCGUUCGCGAGCUGACAAUGGGGCUUUACGGUGACGUUGACGUUUACACAAAGGUGCGAGUCGAAUGGGCAACACCGCGAGGCACCUUUGUCGCAAGCGCGGAAAGUGACCCAGCGCGCCAUUCGACCUCGAACACCUGCCGGAGCAGUCCUUCACAGUGGCUGUCGUGCGAGGAUACAGGGCACCCACGUGGCCCACUCCCUUUGCUUGUGGCUGCCGUCUGUUCUUUGUUUGAUCAGGUGAUGGCAAGUCGUCCAUCUGCUCUGCAGCAUUACCCUGUCAUUCCCGUAAAAGAGCCCUUCUUACGCCGUGGGUUGGAUUUUCUCUUCUACUCGUGGUUUGGCGCUACUCCACAAGUGCGCUGCUUUGCAAUUGGAACAGCGGCACCGAUGGCCGAGGUCAAGGCGGGCGCGGGUCUGCGGUGGCGGAGUCCACCGGAUGGGUUUACGAGCAGCGAUGUUGGUGCGUACAUGACCCGCGCGAUGCUCUUCUACGACUUUUUAGGACAGCGCGUCCUCUUCGCGGAAACGCACGCGAGCGACGUGGUGGACGCAGUGGCGCGGCUCGAUGCGCUUGCGAUGGAGGUGAACCACAUUCAUCAAGACGUUCCUAUGCCCGUUUCAGCGGCGCGUGGGCGACCCUUGCGCUCCAUUUCCCACUGGCAGCAGUGGCGAGUUGCCCGUGAGCACUUGGAGCGGGCCGUGAAAUCCCUCGCGGCCCCCGCAGCGUCCACCACAAGCUCUGCGAUGGGGAUGAGCGUAGCCGCAACGAGUCCCGCACCAUCUUCGCUGAUGUUACAGCACUUACUGCGCUGCUGCAUCGAUUCUUGUGCGAAUGAAGUGAGUGCGCUGUGGACGGUGGUGGAUGUGUUAGCGAGGGUGGCGCUACCCACGCCCUUGCGCUCCGCUUCAUCGACUGGUGUGGUGGAUAACAGUUCAGCGGAUGUGUUGACGGUACACUACACGCCCGACAGCUCUUCAACGGAGGAGCGGGCUGGUGGUGUUGCUGCUGCUGUAGCCGACAGAAUCGGUGGCGACGAAGAGGAGUUGCUGUGGCUCGGCCGCCGCCACGUGCCGUGGAGGAGCCGUCCUCUCGGCAAGGAGACCGCUCCACCGCCGGCGGGUGUGGUGGAGCUGCGCCUCGACACACAGGCCUUUACGUUUUCUGGGAGUGCGUGCACGGCAAGUAAAGAAUCCGCGCGCAGCGUUAGCUUUCGUUGCCGUGUCGACCCAUUGUGCAGCAGCGACAGCAGCUGCGAUGGUGGUGAUGGCAGCGCUGGCCAGGCAUUCACCGGCGUUCUCCCUGCUCUCACCGUGCUGUGUCGUGCAGCACUGCGGUACGUGUGGGCGAAGGUCAACGAGAGCUGUCACGCCAUCGCCAACCAGCUACCCUCCAUCGAAGAGCUGCUGGGUUGGUGCAUGACGGCGGACCCGGUGCUGGCGCGGGAGGCGGACGGGUUCCCGCCGUUCGAGGCGCGGUUCUACGCGGCCCCGAAGUUGCUCGGCGAGCUCCUGCAGGGCAUCGCGGGCAAGUACUCCUGCAGCUACUCGGCUGUACUACCGAACGCAAACUCAGCUGACACAACAACAAAAGGUGGAUGUCCGAAGGUGGACAUAGAUGCACUCUCGGCACCUGCGUCUUUCACGGCGACGCUGGUGCAGCCCUCCACGGUUUUUUAUCGCUCCGAGGUGCUUCUGGUGAACCCACAUAAUACCGGUGUUGAGGAAGCUGAGGAUGACGGUGGGCCGUGGUCGGCGUCCAGUCGCCACGCAGCAGCGCAGUCUGCACCGCCGUGUGUGGAGUGCACCCUCUUCAUUGACGGUAUUAUGAGAAGCUGCAACAAUAGUAUCAGUCAUCGUCCCUACCUGCCCUCCUCGUUCGGCUCGCCAGCCGCAAGUUCCAAACCUGUCACGACGACUGCAGGAUACGUGCUGGGCAGAGGUGUGGGCCGCACGAAGCGAGAGGCGUGGCGCUCCGCAGCGUGGCAGGCAUUACGGCUUCAAUUCCCGCUCGCGCUGGCGCAAAUGGAGGUGCUGCGAGAUGUCACGGAACUCACACAGCACCCCGAUCAGUUGAGCUUGCUGUCCCAAAGAAAAAAUGAUGGCAGCACUGUUGCCAUCCCGAGCACAGCCCAACAACGUGAGCUGCUGCUGCCGGCGUUGCCCGUGUGCGGACUCAGGUGGCAGUGGCGGCAGACGGUGCGAUCGCCCCACGGCAGCCACCCUUCUGUGACUUCGUGUCACCGCGAUCAGUCGACGCUGCCCAUCACCUUCGUCUGUUCUGUGGACCUCCUGUACGCCGACGACGCACAAACGCCCCUGCCGGGGGUGACGGCUACCGCUACGUCAGCCGGAGAAGCUUACGUGCUCGCGGGCAAGAAGCUGCUGCAGCUCGUUGGAGAGGCGCGUCUCAAGAAGCACGCCUCAGGUCUUCCUUCUCCUUCGUUCAGCGACUCAGCAUGGGGACUGACGGCGGUGGGUUGGACGGCAGCUAGUAGCUCCACCUUGACAGCGGCGACGGCGAGCGAGUCGAGCCGCCAGCUGCCCUACGCCAAUUGGCGACUCUCCACCCACUUCACCAAGAGUAUCUGGCACGCCUACGCCGGCGCGCUGAGCGUGUACUUUGGGGAGGACAUGAUCGUAGAACUUCUGCGUGACAUGCGAGACGAGCAGGUGGAGGACGGAGACAAGCGACAGGCAGAACUGCCUGCAUCCGCACGAGCCUUUCACAACCUGUCCACGAUACAGGUGCGGUCGCGUUAUGAGGGGGGUUACCAGCCAGCGGCAUAUCAUGCGGCUGGGUCUCGCGCGGCUGGUUGCUGGGGAGACGGAGGGGACGGUUCGCUAAAGAGGGAACACGCACGUCGAGUCGACACGGACGACGUCCGCGCUAGCAGCAGCAGCAGCAGCAGCUGCCUGCGUUUUCGACAAACGCCUGCCUCCUUGCUGGCGCGGCACCCACCGCGGCGGCCCUCCCCACAACCACCAUCGCCACCGCCGUCGUUCCCGUCUGCGCAACAAACAGCUACCACUUCCACGCCUUCCCUCUCCCUUGCAGGCGAAAACCAGCCGUUUACGAUACUACGAGCAACGUCUUGGUGGCUGCGCGACCUGGUGGAGCAGUGCGCCAUGCUACGGCAGACCCGCGAGGAGUUGAAUGGUCUGCUGCGUGGCCGCCUCCACGACAUCGAACGCAUUCAACGCACUUCACGCUGGAGUCCGGCGGAGCGUGUGGCGGCGAUGGUGCAGCGGUGGACAGGGUGUCACGCCGAGGUGCGCCUGCGCGGAUCCGCGUUUCCUUCCUCCUCCUCUGCGUCCUCUCCGGCGGAUUCGAUGUGGGUGGCGGAGGUGCUGCUGCGGAUCUGUGUGGUGCGAUUGGGCAGGAGCUCCCGGAAUCGAAGAAGGGAUGGACAGUUACCACAGGGAAAGAGACCUGAAACGGGUAGGAUGUUUUGGGCAAGGCAGCCUGGGGUGUGGGUGGUGGGUCGAGCCGCCGCCGCGACGAGUGAUGAGGCGGCCUGGAGGCUCUAUUGCGACGUCUGUGAGGCCGUGCGCGAGGCAGCUCCCUGA